UUGGUGAUGCUGUAUGUCUGCCCUCUGGUCCUGAUGCUGGAGGGUCUCUUUGAUUCACGGCUCGAAGUUUCUGUCAACACAGCAAAGGCCGUGGAGCAUGACGUCAGCGCCCUAUUAAAAAAAAUGCUCCCACCGACAACCAGAUCUCACUUGUGAUUGGCUUACAGUAAGGAAGUGUCACCCCAGCCAAUCACAGUCGCGUUUACUUGCCGAUUAGGCAGUAUCAACAUGGCAGCUUUCUGAGUUUUGGAGGAGGGGAACUGGUGUAAAUAAACAGAGAUUUAACAUUCUUGAGAUAACGACAGCGUCGGGGUGUUUGAGUUUAGGACUGAGUGGACCGCUGCGGGAAGAUGUCGAGCGACGGAAACAAAAAACAGUUCUGGAAAAGGAAUGCAGCGAAGGUUCCUGGCAGCAUUCAGCAUGUGUACGGUGCACAGCAUCCACCCUUCGACCCGCUCCUUCAUGCAAAUCUGAUCAAAGCAGGCAACAAGCCUCCUCCAGCCACUCCAGGCAAACCCAAGAAGGCGACCACCUUCCAGGAGUUUGAGAGCAUCACGAGCGACGCCUGGGAUGUCGGGGAUGACGACGACGAGCUGCUGGCCAUGGCUGCGCAGAACCUCAACAUCGAGGUGGUCAUGGAAACGGCCAAUAAGGUGAUUGAGAAUCACAGCAAGCAACAGGAGAAACAGAGGCAGGAUGAGACAUCAGAGCUGGAUCGAAGAGAAGACGACACACAGGAGGAGGUGGUAGAGGACGACGAGGACAAUGAAGAAGAAGAGGAGGAGGACAGGGUGGAAGAGGGAGACGCGACCAGCCCUGAGGUAUCAUUUGGAUCCCAGAGCAGCCCUUACACUGAUGGCCGCCUAGUGAAGUCCCACAGCGAAGCUCCAAUUGGGUCACCUAAAGAUGCAGCAGGUGAGCGUGCAGCCCUCCACAGACAGCGGUCUCUGCCCCAUCGGCCUCCUGUCAUCCCUCUAGUGGCUCGCAUGGCUGACCAGAACACAUCUGGCACUCCAGCCAUGACCGAGAGGGAAGCGUCCCGCCUAGAUAAGUUCAAACAGUUGUUGGCAGGACCCAACACAGAUCUGGAUGAGCUGCGGAAACUCAGCUGGUCCGGAAUCCCUCGACAGGUCCGACCGAUAGCAUGGAAACUUCUCUCAGGUUACCUGCCAGCCAACGCAGAGAGGAGGGAAAGUGUUCUACAGAGGAAGAGGCAAGAAUAUUUCGGCUUCAUCCAGCAAUACUACGACUCUCGCAAUGAUGAGCAUCAUCAAGACACAUACAGACAGAUCCACAUAGACAUUCCUAGGAUGAGUCCUGAAUCUUUGGUGCUGCAGCCAAAGGUGACAGAGAUUCACAUUGACAUACCGAGAACUAAUCCUCUUAUUCCUCUCUUUCAACAAGCUUCUGUUCAAGAGAUUUUUGAGCGGAUCCUGUUUAUCUGGGCCAUCCGGCAUCCAGCCAGCGGCUACGUGCAAGGCAUCAACGACCUGGUCACACCAUUCUUCGUCGUUUUCGUCUUUGAAUAUAUUGAGGAGGAAGUGGAAAACUUUGACGUGUCCAGUCUCCAGGAAGAGGCUCUGAGGAAUAUUGAGGCUGACAGCUUCUGGUGCAUGAGCAAACUGCUGGACGGGAUCCAGGACAACUAUACAUUUGCUCAGCCAGGCAUCCAGAAAAAAGUCAAGGCCCUAGAGGAGCUGGUCAGCAGGAUUGAUGAAUCUGUGCACCGCCACAUGCAGCAGUACGAGGUGGAGUACCUGCAGUUUGCCUUUCGCUGGAUGAACAACCUCCUGAUGAGAGAGUUGCCACUACGAUGCACAAUCAGACUGUGGGACACCUACCAGGCUGAACCAGAGGGCUUCUCCCAUUUUCACCUGUAUGUGUGUGCGGCCUUCCUGGUGAGGUGGAGGAAAGAGAUUCUGGAGGAGAGGGAUUUUCAGGGCCUGAUGAUCCUCUUACAGAACCUUCCCACAAUGCACUGGGGCAACGAGGAAGUGAGCGUACUGCUGGCUGAAGCCUACAGGUUGAAGUUUGCCUUCGCUGAUGCGCCCAACCACUACAAGAGAUGAUAAGCAAGGGGCAGGGGUGGGGGGCUCCCUGUGUUCCUCCUUUACUCCCCCCAAAGUGGUCUACUGAACUCAAAGGCCUCUAUUCCCACACAGGAAGGAGCUCCCCUUUUUCUUAACCUCCUUUUCCCUUAUUGGCCGGUGGGCCUUUCAGCUACUAAGAGAUUUUUGAAUCAACCAAUGACUGCGAGGAUGUGCGGUGUAGCAUUCUAACAUGUUGAUGUGGAGCCUUUUUUUUUUCUUUUUUUUAAAAUGAUUAUUGUGUUCUCUGAUUAGCUCUGAAGCAGUGCAGAGUCCUGUUCUUUAUCACUGCAAGUUGACACCUGGGAGAUCAACCUAAGGCCCGAUGCAAAACCAGGAGCUGUUGCUCAGCACCGCCUGCGGUUACGUCUGGCUCCGAAAAAUGCCUCUUUCUGCUAAUUAUUUCCAUAACCAUGGUAAUACAUAGUUGAUUUUUUUUUUGUUCCCUGAGGCAAAAUGUGAUCUUUUUCCUUUUCAGUUUGCAAAGACAAAGAAAGAUGUCAAAGGGCAUUGCACUAGAUACUUUACUUGCCCCUCCCCCACAGAUCGUUUUUCUUCGUGACCCUUCCAAGACUUUUGCAGAAAGUCACUUUGUCAGUCAGUGAGAGGAGGCAUGUAUCCUUCCAUUAAGCCAAUCACACACCAGCUUUAAAGCCUCAUCGUCCAGUCCCAUCACUGCAGCUUCUCGUUGUUUGAAUGUAACGCAAACAGUGGCAGGAGGCUGCAGAACAGGAGUCACAUACACAGGUCAACAUCAGAGAACAUAAGAAGCCAUUAGGAGGGAGAACGCUACCUAUUCCCACUUGUUAGGGUUCUUUUCUCUUUCUUUUUUUUUCUCCUCAGACCUGCCCACAUGUGAAGGGCCACGUCUUAUUAUCAACUUCUCCUUCUUUGUGAAUGUAAGACUACCUCAGAACACGCAUUGUUAUUACACGGUUAUACACAUAAUGAGGCGUUAGCAGACAUAAAGAAAGAAUCACUUAGAGACACAUUGGCCUGGGUUGGUGACAGGCCAGAUCUGAAGUUGAAGCUAAAUUUGUUAUUCCGAAAGAGCACAAUCGACACUGUUUGGGCACCUUUUGUUUUCAAAUUUGCCGCCCAGAAUAUAUAAAAUAUGGAUUGGACUGUUUAGAGAUCACCAGCAAGGUGGGGUCUGAGCUUAAAAGAUGUAUUUCCAUAUAAACACAUGAAACUGGAAGGGUUUAUUUGGAGGCUCCAACUUAAUGGAAGUCUUGCAAUUUUAAAAUGCAAUUACACACGCUUGAUCCAUUUCGGCUCUCGUAAUUUAUUCAUGUAGAAGCUCUGCACGCGGAUCAUCGGGAUUAUCCUAAAAACGUACCGAUACAUAAAUAAGUAAAUAAAUAAUUACAAAGCUGUUUCUUUGCUUAUGACCAUCCAUCCCAUUGGCUCUAUAAUGCUGUUUGUAAGUACCCUGUAAUCAGGCGUCGGCACCUUUCACGGUGCUUACUGAACUCUGUGAAUAUAACAGGAAGUUGACAAGCUUAGCAGGUGACAACGAUUCAUCACGCCCUUUAAUUAAAAAGCGUUUGCAUAAAUAAGUUAUACAACCUGCUUCUUGUUUUUGCACACACAACCCUCCGCCUUACAUUAGUCGUUCACACGUUGCUCUGUUCUUAUAGAGCACAUGGGAUGUCUUACGCAAAGUCAGUAGCACCAUAUUGGUGUGAUGUUAGGUGGCGGUGGUGGAGGGGUAAUCAGACAUUCAUGACAUAACACAAAGCUGUUAACAUUUGGAUCCUCCUGUCGCAACUCCGCCAGGAUCCAUUAUUGUCACCCGAGCCGAAAAAGGCGGCAGGCGUAGGUGUGUGAAGGGAAGAUGGAAGGAGAGAGGGGAAGGGAGGGUGUUGUGUUUCUUUGGAAGUUCAGUCCCUUUUUUCAGUGAGAGCUGUCAGUCUUUGAUCACAUGUUGAGGGUUUGGGGCUUCUUCUUUUUUUUUUUUUUACCCAAUCUGCACCAGUUUCACAAGCCCCUCAUCUCCCAUGCUCUCUGACAAGGAAAAACUGCACUUAAUUUAAAAGUCUAAAAAGUCCCCUCCCUUCUUUUGUAUGAGAUAUAUUCUUUCAAUCAGCAUUUUAAAUAUUUGUCUUUUUCAUUUAGGUUUUAUUUUUUUAAAUGCCUACACAUGUUUACGUUUACAUGCCUGUAAAGUUGUGCCUGACUCUGGAGACACGAGACAAACACCCUGAUUGUGUUUUUUGACCACAGAUGAUUUUUUUUGUUUCGUUUGGUUGGUUUUUUUUUUUAGGUUUUAAAUUUGUGCAAGCAAUAUGAAGUCAUUUUUAAUUAGUAAUAAAAUCAAAGGAAAUAUUAUUUUGGCUACAGAAACCACCAGCAUGAGCUGUUGAAUUACACUCUGGGCUUUUAUGCCAUAAUAAAAUAACCAAUAACCCAUCCCUAAACCCUCCCCAUCCCUUAUGAGGCUUGUCAAGCUUUGCAUUCCUGCACAUGUUAAAAGAACAUGCAGGGCUGUGGCUGUAGUGCUACUCAGCAUUAAAACAGUUUGGAGUCCGCAGCAGCUUUAUGAAAUGUGGGUGAAUUGCCACUCCAGGAUCGCCAGUCAGUCAAACAGACCAAAAUCAUUCCAACCGUGUGUUAUGAACUUGUAAUCUUUUGGCUUUUGAAAUGGUUGCUUCAAAGACAGGUGCCAAGUCUGCAUCCACCUGCAGUUAGUUGCCAUGUUCAAACCAACUUGGUCUGUCAAAAGCAUGAUAAAAAUGCCAAUAAGAAUCAGUCUGCUACCACUUUAUGACCAGAAUCCAACCAGUUGCCAACCAACUGAGACAAGUCCCCUAUUGCAACGAUGCACAUUUCGGACGAGUUGCACUCAUCAGAGCAGACCGACUCUUAAUUGAGUCGGUCUGCUCACUACCAAAUGUUUUACGGUGUUUUUUUAGCAUAGUUAGUGGAGAUGAUAUUUGCUUAUGUGAUCUGUCCGUUGUUAUUUAAGUUAGAAAACUGAAGCCACUUCUGAGUUUGAGUGUUACAUUUUUUAAUCAUGAAUGCAAAGCUUGACAGGCACAGCAGCAGUCAAUAAGGUUGGGCAGGGGUGAGCGAGCAGUCAAUAUUUGUCCCAUUUAUUACCCAUAACCCGACUUCUCACAACAUUAAACUGCCUUAUUGCACACAUUCAUAUGGAUAUGAACACUGUAGGGGGUAAAAGCAAUGCCAGUGGUGAACACCGAUGCUCCAAGAUAAAGACAAAUGUGGGGGGUCGACAGCCGCUGUAGUGUCUAUCAAUAUAUUUGUGUGUGUGUGUCAAAGGCAGAGAGUAGGUUUGAGCCCCCCUCCGUUUCUGCUGUUAUGCUAUAUGCAGUGUUUUCCCUUUAAUAAGAGUCAGCUGCCUACACACACUUCUGCGAAGAGAGGUGAAAUUAACAAACAAACACAGGAGCACAUUCUGUUGCAUUCUGAAGUUUGACUCUCAACACACACACACACAUAUCUCCAUGGAGAUGAACGCCUCAGUGGCAUCAGGUUGAAACCCCUUUUUUCUAUUAGCCCACACACACACACACACACACACACACGGCAAAUUUCAAACGCUCUUUGGAGCGUCUUCAGGAGUGCAUCCUUAAGUAACAUUUCCAGCUGCUUUCAUUUCUCUUAGAGUAAAAUCUGUCUAUGAAAACCAAACUGAAGGAAAAAAGAAAAAUCCUCCCUCAUGUGUUUUGUCUCCAAAAAAAAGAAUCAAAUAAUACUAGAGCAUGUGGGUGACAGGAGUAGCAGGUGUUGAAUUUAAAAAAUAAAUGUGUACAGAGAAGAUUUUGAAACAAAAAUCUGUAAAUAGAAAGUGUAAAUAAAUCCUAUAUAUAUGACAUCAC